ACUGCCUUGCACAUGUUGCUUUAGAAUAUUAUAGGGACUCAACUGUUAACCACAGUUAUAUUUUUUAAUAACAGAAUCUCGAUGACUUAAUGUACUUUACUAUAAUUAGACCUAAUUCCAACCUAGUGUUCAGGCACUUCAUGGUAAGGCACUUAUUACAGUUUGAAAGGGACAUUGCUUAAACUAUAUUAUACCCUUCGAUAAGGUGUUUGCGCUUUCAACAUUUAAUCGGAGAUAUUUCAAAAAUGCACAUUAAAAAGAAAUAAGGUGGAACAUUUUCAGGAUGAGCUGUUACGUUUACGCAAAAUAAUUCAGCCAAUGACAGUGCAGAAAGAGGGUUUUCCUGGCACUAUAUGAAUCAGUCCUUUCUGUGAAGCAGAUGCAGGAGGCACGAGGUUUCCAUGUGUUUAAAGUGUAAUUGAGCAGUCGAAAGAGCAGAACAUGUCUGAUUCUGACAACGCCAACAACAAGGGUAGCCGGAGAAACAGCAAGUACACCAAUUUAACCAUGAAAGGCAACAGAAGUUUUAAAGAAAAAAUUGCACUGAGGAACAACUUGGCAAAAGAAACACUGGCAGAGUUCUUCGCUACAUGCUUGUUGAUAACUUUUGGCUGCGGCUGUGUGGCAUCAUCUGUUUUAAGUAAUGGAGCCGCUGGUGGACACCUAAGCAUCAAUAUUGGAUUUGCAAUGGCUGUAACUAUGGCCAUCUAUGUUUCUGGAGGUGUCUCAGGUGGCCAUAUAAAUCCAGCAGUUUCAUUUGCCAUGUGUUUAACAGGAAGAUUACAUUGGGCUAAAUUUCCUUUCUAUGUGAGUGCACAAUUUUUGGGUGCAAUUACUGGAUCAGCUGCAGUAUUUGGCAUCUUCCAUGAUGCACUGAAAGCAUACACUGGAGGAGUACUUACGGUUGACGGGCCAAAUGCUACUGCACACAUUUUCGCAACUUAUCCUUCACCGUAUCUUUCAACUAUGAAUGGACUUGCAGAUCAAGUGAUCGCUACGGCACUGUUACUCAUAGGGGUCUUUGCCAUAUUUGACAACAAAAAUAUUGGAACACCAAAGGGAUUGGAACCCAUCGCUGUUGGUCUCCUCAUUAUGCUAUUAGGAUUUGCACUAGGAUUGAAUUCUGGAUGUGCCAUGAACCCAGCUAGAGACUUAGGUCCAAGGAUCUUUACAGCUUUGGCUGGAUGGGGCAUUGAUGUGUUCACAGCUGGAAAUAACUGGUGGUGGGUUCCUGUAGUUGGACCUAUGGUUGGAGCUACAAUGGGAGCUUACAUAUACAUCCUAUGUAUUGAAGCCCACCACGAACCAGAUGAAGAUAACGUUAAACGGAACAUGGAAUCUGACAAUUAUGAGAAACAGGAACUCGCUAAUAUGGCCUGAGAGACUCUUUAACAAAGAAAACUUUUUUUGAACUGCGCACCCAACUGACAAUAGUUUCAAGCAGGUGCCACUGUGUUUACACUUGAAAGCCAUAAGAAGCCCAACAUGUUCUUCUUUCUUAGCAAUGUGAAUGUCACUUAGUAGUGAAAGGGUUAACCAGUUAGACAUUCUUAUUGUUUCAGAGAAAAAUGGUAACACUCAUAUCCUCAACGUCACUUUUCUUGAUAAGUGGCAGAGAAUAUUCAUUUGACCCCUUAAUUGCUGGCACAUAAAUCAUGCCUAUUAAUGAAGCACUAAUGGACCAUAUACUGGGUCACUAAGGUAUAUGCAGGUAAUUGGUUUUGUCAUGCCUUAAUGUGCUAUAAAUGUGAUCAAUCAUCAAUAUCAUUAAAAUAUGCAAUGUGUUAAAAUGAUUUUACUGUCAGGGGCCAAUAACUUAAUGUUAGUAGGAUGCUAUUCCAAAUCUACAAGGAAAUUUAUUGUAUGUCUUCAUUAAUUAUGCUGCUAAAUGGGUCAAGCUGUGAUUCUAUAAACUGUGUGUUCAGGGCUAUCCAAAGAUUGAAGACAGCAAAAUGCCUGCUUAUUGUUUCAUAUAUGCUGAUAGAUGAUAAUUGUCUUAUUUAUCUUAAACUUCCUGUCCAAGCUAUCUCUGUUAUUAAAUCAUAUUACUAAUUCAA